GUUCUCAACAAACUUACUGUUAACGAAGGACUGUUUUGCUAGUUUCAAAUCAAUUUUCGGUGUAAAAAUGGUCCCACAAACGCAAAAAUGAACGUAAAAAUCUACCUCUCAUCGAAGCUGGUCGAACACUGCACGUUCUGCCAGCUGUUCGGCGUGAUCGAAGUGCAGCGGGACGAGAUUCGCUUUGCCGUGCUGGACAGCAAGCUGCUUCCGGGGACGUAUCUGAUAGGGGAGAUCUGCAGCGAGUCGGACUACCGGCGGCUUCAGGAAGCGGAUCCGGCGACCACCAACCGGGACAUCCUGCUGCAGGAGGAGAACUUCCUCCGGCUGUCGAUAUCGGACCGGGGUAGGAUCAAGCAUGUCACCACAAAGGUGAAGGGAGUGACCAUCGAGACGCUGAACAAGGUGCUGAUCAUCUACGACGAGAAAGGAUUCUCGAACUUGGCCGAGAACCAGCUGCAGGUGGACGAGAAUGACAAUGAUCUGUUGCAUUUGGCCCGGCUGAUCAAGUCUUCGAAACCGCACCGGAACUCGGCCGUGCAGGAUCUGCUGGCCUAUGCUGCGGGGUGCCGGAUGGCGAUGGGGAUGGCCUAUUUGAUGAGGCCGUUGGUGGCGGUUUUGAGGAUAUUUCUCAGGAAAACUGCUCUGUUCUAUCAUUUCUCGGAGUGGUGCGACAGUAUUAGGAGUAAAGGAUUCGAGGGCGCCAAAUGGGCUCUGCUGUUCGACAUCGGCUUCGGCGUGGCAGUUCUAUCGUUGGUUCUGUACUUUGGUAACCCGGGUGUCCAUUUCAUGCAGUAUGCUGAGUUAGUAGUGCACUACCUUCGGGAGCUGCUUCAAACCCUGCGGGGAAGUCCCAUCGGCUUGAAGCUGAACGCCCCGCUCAACGACUUCUUCCUCAACUGUUUCCUGUACCACGUGGACCUCUGGUGGACCUUCCUCAUCAUCGUCUCCCCAGCGAUCCAUUUCCUGUUCAUACCCCUGUCGAUUCUGGGUCUCUUCGGACUGUCAUUCCAGCUGGCCAUGUUGUCGGAUUUAAUCAUCCUGAUCAGCUUGCACGCGCACUGCUUCUACAUCUACGCUGCCGUCUUGUACCGAAUCGAAAUCGGUGGCAUUAGAGCCCUCUGCCGGAUCGUGCUGGGGAAAAAGAAGAACGUCCUACGCGAUCGUGUCGAAUCGCACGAGUACAUGAAUCGGCAGUUGUUCCUGGCCACGAUGACCUUUGCCGUGCUACUCUUUCUGCUUCCAACGAUCCUUGUGUACUACGUUGUCUUCGCCACGCUCCGAUUCGCGAUCUACUGCGUAUCGUUCGCCUUGAUGACGGUCCGGCGCAUGAUUCUGCAGUUUCCGUUUGACGGGAUGAUCCGGUGGCUGCGGAGGACCUACACCAAUCUGGACAGCAUGGAAAUCUACAACAUCGGAUCGUACUCGAAGGAGAACAUCACCAUCAUCUAUAUCGCUCCGCGAUCGAGCAGUUUUUGGGGCAGCUUGAGUUGGAGCAAUCAAAGGACGACUCCAACCAGCACGGAGGGCGACGUUGACGGUAGUGGAGGCAAGGAGCGGAUUGUGCGUCCGAUGGCGAUGGGUACCAUCUCGAUUGGGCAGUUUUUUGCCAGUCUGGUCCGCGGAGAGAUGGUUCCGUUUAUACAACCCGACGAGAGUGUGCAUUUGAAGGUGGAAUAAACGAGUAAAUAGCUU